AUGUAUGCAUCACCUCGCACUCCACAUUCAUCAACUAAUACAAAUAAAUCGAAAUCAAAAAGAAGUAUUGCAGCAUGGGAUGACUCUAUUGAGGGAGUCAAUGCAACAUCAAAAUAUUCUUCAAUAAAUAAGCCAGCAUCAACAAGCAAAUUGCCAUAUUCUCAAAUGAUUAUUAACGAAAAUCCCGAUUUAUUCGAAUCUCAACUUUCAGCUCAAAAUAAUGAACCAUCUAAUAUGAGUGAUUCAGAUGAUAACUUUAACUCUAACGAAGAAGAAAUAGAAGAACAUAAACCUACAAAAUCUAGACUUUCAAAGAAAGAAUUAUCAGAUUUGAUCCUCGAGAAAGCUCGAAGAUCCGAAUUACUUUCAAGUUUUCAUGAAAAUUCAGAAAUAUCAACUAAUUUGAUAUCAAAGAGUAAGAAACAGACUAAACCAAGCAAAAAGAUUCCAUCGUUAUACUCAAGGAGUAUCAAAAAGAUUUCUGAUUCAAAUUCUGAUGUCACUGUGAUGUAUGAUAGAUAUGACUUAGCCAAACUACGCCAAGAUAAUAUAGAUUACAGAAAUCAAAUUGCUAAGCUCAAGGCAGCAAUAGACAAGGCCAAUCUUGAAAACCAAAAGUUAAGACAAGAAUUAGCAGAAUCAGAAAAGAUUUCUUCAAAGCAAAAAGCGCAAAUUCAAUUUUUGCUCAAUAACAAUAACAGGUAA